AUGGAAGCAAAUCUAGCCAUAAAUGUCCUUAAAAGAAGUCUCCUGACAAGCAGAGAUAGCCAUCUGAGUUUGAUUGUCUUGCAGAAUGAAUGCUCGUUCCAGAAAUACAGGCAGUUUAGAAAGCCAUCCAUUCAUGUUUAUAAUGCAUCUCAAAGUAAUUUAUUCAUCUAUUCUUAUGUGCUUCUUUUUAGGUAUGCAGCCCCUGAGCAAUAUAUUAUGAGUACACAGACCCCAUCUGCACCCCCUGUCCCUGUGGCAGCUGCGCUUUCCCCUGUUCUCUGGCAGAUGAACUUACCAGACAGAUUUGAUAUUUACAGCACAGGUCUUAUAUAUUUGCAAAUGGCAUUCCCACCUUUGCGCACUGAUAGUAGUCUCAUCCAAUUCAAUCGCCAGCUUAAAAGGUGUGGUUAUGACAUGGCUGCAUGGAGAGAGACAGUAGAAACCCGAGCCAGUCCAGAGCUUCGUCGUGCAUUUGAUCUUAUGGAUCUAGAUGGUGGCAUUGGCUGGGAGCUUCUGUUGUCUAUGGUGCGUUUUAAGGGCCGGCAACGGAUAAGUGCCAAGGGUGCUCUAGCACAUCCAUAUUUUGUGAGACAAGGUUUAUUGGCUCUGUCUUCCAUGCAGAGGUUGAGGUUGCAGUUGAUUAGGGCUACCGAGCAGGACUAUAAUGAAGCAUAUCAGUGGAUUACCAGGCUUAUGGCAAAAUCUGGCACAAUGGCUGCAGGUGGCUUCACAGAGGCCAAGUUGCAGGAACUUAGGGAAAUUCGUCCAAAAAAUAAAUCAACAGUUCAGCGUAAUGCAUUAGCAUCUGCUUUACGCUUGCAGCGGAAAAUAGUCAAAACUCUAGAUGAGAGUAUAGAUGAAAUAAGAAAUAACAGAAAGAGCAUCUGGUGGAGAAGAUGGAUUCCAAGGGAGGAAUGAUCCCAUGUAAAUUAUAGAAUGAAGAAAACAUGUAAUAUAAUUCCUGACACACUAUAAUCUUUAUGCUGUAAUAUCAAUAUUAGAUAAAUCAAACAUUUAAUGUCUUUCAUAUGCACACUCUGUUAGUUUCCGUACUUCUCUUUGAUGCUUUUGGUAGGAUAACUGACCUCAGCAUGUAUUAUAUAGAGGUGCGUCUGGAUUAGGUUAGCCAAACCUUGUAAGGUUUGCUCUUGAUGAUAACCAAAGCUGCCGUCUUCAAAGUGAAAUUUCACCGUAUGCUUCUGUAGGUAUUUUGAUGUGAAUUCAAAAAAGGAUUUACCAAACAUGUUGAUUAACCAAAUUUUUCGCAUCCUUGGAUAUGGAUUUUAAUGCUUCUUGCUUUUUGUUAAUCGCCUCAAGUUAAUUGAACAUGAAUGUAAUAAUGGCCUCUGUUCUUUGCA